AUGCCGACAGCAGCAGACUCUGAUCUCAACUGUGCUGGUACUCAACCGGUGAUAUUGACCAGGCGACUACUCAUCCGCCUCAACACCACGGCCGACGCCGCGGCCAUGGCCCGUGGCGCGAACAAUCUCAAGAUCGCAGCAAACAUGCGCAACACGUUUCCCUCGCCUUACCUUCUCGAACACGCCGAGGGCUGGCUCGCUCUCUGCGCCAAGGACACUGGCACCAGCUUUGCUAUUUGCCAAGCGGACGACGGUGCUUACAUCGGCAACAUUGGCCUUACUCGCAACAAUGACGUGCAGUAUCGCACAUGGGAUGUGGGCUACUGGAUUGCGGAAGACCACUGGGGAAAGGGAUAUGCCAGUGAGGCCGUACAGGCAUUUCAAAAGUUCUGUUUCCAGAGCGAUUCAUCUGUACUGAGAUUGGAAGCCUCCGUAUACAGCUCCAACGUUGCUAGCCGAAAGGUUCUUGAGAAGGCAGGCUGGACUUACGAGGACAUGAAGUGUCGUUUGAUUCUUCUUGAAGCUCUGUGGUGGAACUAA